CUAUAUGUAAGUUUAUUUGUCAUUUUUGGGAACAGGAGAUCUUUCACAUGCAUAUCGUUCAAGUACUGUGUCUCUAAUAAUUGAAUAAGAUAUAUAUUAGAAGCUUGUAGCACCAUGCAAGAGAUGGAAGAAGGUACCAGACAAUCAAACAAGGCCUUACUUACACGGAGACUAAGCAAGGUUUACUCAAGUUUAACGAAGGAUAGACCAGAGUCAGAAAAGGAUCUUCGCGACUGCUGGAAUGCAGCACCUGCAGCUCCCAUAGAUGGCCGGGGCAACACACUUCUUCAUUUAUUAGUCAUCCGUGGAAAUGAAGAGCGUUUGAAAAAUCUAAUGGGUGAAGUUAAGAGAUAUGAAAACCUCAAGAAGAAAAACAUAAGAGGCGACACUGCGCUACAUGAAGCCGCAAGGUGUGGCAAUGUGAAAGCUGCUGCAUUGUUGCUAGAAAAGGAAAAAGAGUUGAUUUCAAAUCUCCGCUGUGCAGUUGAGAUGUGCAAUUGUGAAAAGUGUGAAAUGGCAUCAUUGGCAAAGAACAAUAGUUUAGUUUUUGUCCGCAAUGAGAUGGGUGAAACCGCACUUUUCCUUGCAGCUGCAUUUGGGCAAAUGGCAUUUUUUCGAACAAUUCUGCAAUAUAACAACGAUGAUUGCAACAACACAAGAAACGAUGGCUGUACUGUUCUUCAUGCUGCUAUCAGUGGUGAAUAUUAUCGUACAGCUACAAAGAUAUUGAGUAAACUCCCUAAACUUGCUGGCAAACGUAACAAUAGAGGGGAGACUGCUUUAAAUCUGCUGGCCAUCUCACCAUCUUCCUUUGAAAGCAAUUCUUUCUAUGUAUUUUCGAAUAUGGGCAAGACAUCCUUCAUUCCUCUCCAGGUUUUGAGGGUUUUAUUCUACAAGUGUUUACCAUCCAAGUAUGCUAUCAAGAUGAUGAAAAGCGAUGGUGAUUCUGCUGCAGAUACAAAAACCACUACCCAUAUCGAAGAUAUAGAAAGAUUUUCCUUCUUCGACUAUAUUUUAGGAUUGCCUUGGAUUCAACCAAUAGAUGAUGCAAAUCAGAAGAACAAGCUUGCAGUAGCACUUGCGCAACAAUUGCUAGAGAAGGAGACAGAUUGGAGUAACUACACAGAUCCAAAACAUAAGUAUGACGAUGAGUCACCAUCACGAGGAAAAAAGAAAGGAGAAGUACUAAACCCGCUUAUACAAGCCAUACAGAUGGGCAUACCAGAGCUAGUCGAUAGAAUCCUUUAUUAUUUUCCUGAUGCUGCAAACUCUUUUGAUGAGGAUCAAAAGAAUGUAUUUCACAUUGCAGCCGAACAUAGAAAUGGUGACAUUUAUGAGAUGCUGAAAAAAUCUGCCAUUAACAAGGACAGAAUGUUGUUAGAUGUUGAUGAUCAAGGAAACACAAUAUUGCAUCAUGCAACAAAAUCCAAGAUUAUUACCAAGUUUUCUCUUGGAGUAGCAAACCUGAUGGCCUGGGAUAUCUUUUGGUUUCAGCGUAUAAGGCAUGAUUGUUCUCCACAUUUGCUGCAUAUGCGAAAUAAAGAAGGAAAUACAGCAGAAGAUCUACUUUUAAAAGAUUACAAAAGCAAACGAGAAGCAGCUGAGAGUGCAGUUAAAGAAAUGAACCAAGGCCUAAUGGUUGUGGCAGCAUUGAUUGCCACUGUGAGUUUUGCAGCAGUUUUUACUAUUCCUGGAGGUUUUGAUCAAACUAAAGGGAAUCCUAUCUUCUACAACAAACCAAGUGAUCCGAAACAUAGUCAUAAAAAUGAUUUAAGUCUGUUUCUAGGUUAUGUUGGGCUUACCUUCUUUGCUUCUUUACUCGCACUGGCAACUCUUCUGUCUAUUCAGCUGUCCAGAUUUAGUAUGGAUGAUUUGUACUUCUCAUUGCCCCUAAAGUACUCGAUUGCCAUUUCUUUUCUCUUCCUCUCCUCCUGCUCUACAAUCACCACAUUUCUUCAGGCCUUAAUUCUUGAGGAUUACCUUUCACCGUAUUACCUCACUUGCCUCAUUAUUGGUUGCGUCGUCAUGGGUCUUGUUUAUGUGGACUCUAUAUACGACGUCUUGAGUUACUUAGUGGAGGUUUUACGGCAUUCACGCACUUACAGGACUCAAGAAGGGUAAUAGCUAGGCAGCUAACUAGGGUCAGAUAACAUGUCUGAAUAAUAUUAAAAACCAGUGCCAGGUAUUGGUAAGAGACACAUUGUACUCAACAUCAGACCCUGUGUUUUUCUUGUUCUUUCUGAUAUCCCUUUCAUUCCACAUUUUACUUGUAUUUUUCUUGAAUAAUUUUUUCAGAGCAUGAAUAUUAGUAUUUCAUCAACUUUGUAUUUGUUUUGGAUUGAUGAUAUUUUUUUAAUAAUUUUGCAUAUGUGAA